UCUCCGUGUUUUCGCAGUCCUAACAAUUCGCUUUACGCACUCUGUUUAAUUUUUCUAAGUGUUUAAUUUUUACAAGUGUCUUAAAUACAUUUUCAUUUUAAAACAUUUUAAUCAUGUUUAAAUGCGAUCAGUGUCCGUCGGUUUUCUCCGCUAAACGUAAUUUAGUCGCCCACCAAAAGAAGCAUACAGGUGUAUCUUUUCCAUGUACUACAUGUGUUAAAUCAUUUAAUGACAAGUCGCAUCUUAACAGACAUAUGAAGAACAUUCAUGGUAUCAUAAAUGUUCCAGCCCACUUAAGACCAUUGCCCGCUGCGCCGAUCACCGCUCAACCAACACGAUCAAGCGUCAUACAGCUCGCGCCUCUUGCCGCUCCACAGGCGAAUAUCCAAAUUGCCCCGCAGAUAUUUGUACCAGAUGUCCCGGCCGGUGGUUCGAAUGUGGUAACCGAAGACGACAUGUGUAUGGAAGCCAUGGAUGAAUUCGAGGAUAGAGAUUCUUAUACAACCAUAGAUUGUAACGGAAAACGUGUAUCGUCCGCUAACACCGGGUCGGCUGCUAGAGCAAAAAAAAUUAGGUUGAAUAUGGUGCAGUCCCCCGGCUUUAUAGAAAUCUCGUCAUUAGCAAGCCGUAAAAUAGUUUGGUAUUAUGCGAAAAAUCUGUUCAACUGUCAGGUUUAUGACGAGUUUCUCCGGUCUCUCAUGCCCGAGCUUGAAAAUUUGUUAAAGACAAGUGUGCACCGCCACCCUAUUAAAUUCAAUUUAAAACUCGAGGCAACCUACAGCCGUCCGCACGUAGCAAACUCAUCAGAGAAUAGGGCGUUUAAAACUUCAGCGGUCGAAUUUUUUAUUGAUAGCAAUGUUACGAAGAUUUUAGAGAGAGCGUAUAUGAAGUUGAUGACCGAGGCGGAAGAGUAUAAAUCGCGCGGCAGUGGAUUUACUCUGGAGACAAUAGACGGGUUGUUGUUAGCAGUAUAUAAAUAUACGCCAAUGGGGGGCUCGUCAUAUAUCAAGUUGCCAGCAUAUAUCGAUAGGAAGCGGGCUACGAUAAACCCACAAAAUACGGAUCAGCAAUGUUUCAAGUGGGCAAUAUUGGUGAAACAUGUGACUGGGCCGGCGGUAUGUCGUAUCGAAGGAAAUAAGUAUGGGCAACACGAGGACAAAUAUGAUUUUGCGGAUAUAUCGUUCCCGACACCUUUAUCAGAUAUCUCUAAAUUCGAAAAAAAUAAUAAUAACGUGUCAAUAAAUGUAUACGGUCUCGAUAAAAAAUUUCAGCCUCCUAGAAAAUAUCCAACCUAUGAGGUGUAUCCACUGCGUGUGGUCGAUGAAGAAAAAAAGGACCAUUUUGACUUGCUGUCGGUGACGGACGGAGACAACUCGCACUUCACAUAUAUUUCAAAUUUUUCAAGACUAAUUCGUAAACAGAAAACUACGCAUACCGAGAGAUUAGUGUUCUGCAAAAGAUGUUUUACUAGUUUUGACGAUAGACGACAUAAAUAUAAGCUGAGCGGACAGGAGGCGCUAGAACAGCAUAAGAAGAUAUGCGGUGAACAUAAACCUAUAUUACCGGUGAUGCCAGUAGAGGGGAGUGUUUUGGAGUUUGAAGGGUGGGGUAAGACACAACGUCAUCCCAUAGUUAUUUACGCAGAUAUUGAGGCAAUUUUAAUGAAGACGGAUGAGAAGAAGGGAAAAAGCACAACAGUUAUACAGAGACAUAAACCAAUGAGCUAUGGUAUUUAUGUGAAAGCAGCGAAAAAUGUACCAAACGACUUGCUUAAAAAAUUUAAUAUACCAACAAAAGUUGUUAUUCAUCGAGGCUCAGAGACGCGAGCGGAAGUAGCGAAACAUUUUGUUGAGACGGUUGUAGCAUUAUCCAGGAAAAUUGAAGACCUUUUGAAGACCAACAACACAAUAAUAAUGAGUCAGGAACAACAAGACGAGUAUGAGAGGAGUAUAACGUGUAAUUUAUGUACAAAAGAGUAUACAAUUUUAAACGGAAAAGUGCGAGACCACUGUCACCUGUCUGGCCAAUAUCGUCAAACUAUUUGUAACAGGUGUAAUCUAACAUUACAAACACCGAAUUUUGUGCCUUGUUUCCUACACAAUUUAAGCAAUUAUGACGCACACUUCAUCGCCGUGGAGCUGGGAUAUGAUGAACGCAGUACAACAGUGAUUCCUAAUAGCGAGGAGAAAUUCGUCUCAUUUAGCAAAUAUAUUUCAAAUAAAUUUACCCUUCGAUUUAUAGACACUUUUAGAUUUAUGGCUUCAAGCUUGUCCUCUCUCUCAAAAAAUUUAAUAACAUCUGGAUUUGAUAAGUUUAGAGAAACUUCAAAACAUUUUUCUCAUAAUGAUAUGGCUCUAGCGACACGGAAGGGGGUGUACCCAUACGAGUAUACAGAUAGUUGGAGGAAAUUGGAUGAGGGUGCACUACCACCAAUAGAGUCAUUCUAUAGCACGCUGUUAGAGGAAAAUAUUAAACAAAAGGAAUAUGAACAUGCAGUCACAGUAUGGAACCAUUUCAAUUGCAAAACACUAGGAGAAUAUAGUGAUCUGUAUUUGAAAAUAGACGUAUUAUUGCUAGCGGAUGUAUUCGAAAACUUUAGAGACAUUUGCCAAACGUCGUAUAGCUUAGAUGCGGCUUUUUAUUUUACGGCUCCUGGAUUAAGCUUUGAUGCAUGCUUGAAAUUCACAUCCAUAAAACUUCAACUUUUGGCAGAUUAUGACAUGUUGUUGAUGUGUGAAAAAGGUAGGGAUAUUUUAAAACAUUUCAAUAAUUAUUAA